UCUCAUAUCGAGUUCUUUGUUGUCGAGGAAGCGAGAGAGAGAGAGAGAGGGAUCGAUUGAAUGAAGGAGUCAACGGGGUCGUCGAUUUCGUUCCUCGCCAUCGCUUCCCUUGUCCUCGUUCUGUUCUCCACGGUCUCGAUCGUAUCGCCGAUGGCGGAGGCGGCCACGAAGCUCCAGGAGGCGCAGGAGAAGGAGGAGGCGGCCGUCAACAUCGUCUACGUUGCGAAGCCGGAGGGCGAGGAACCAGAGGCCUUCCAUAUCCGAACCCUGGCUGCUGUUCUCGGCAGCGAGGAGGCCGCCAAGGAUUCCCUGAUUUAUCAUUACAAGCAUGCGGCGAGUGGGUUCUCGGCUAAGCUGACCCGGUCGCAGGUCGAGGAACUGUCGAAGCAACCGGGUGUUCUUCGGGUUGUGCCGAGCAAGACCGUGAGCCUCCAUGGAUCCAGGGUCAGCGCUGUUACUAACUUGGGCAUGUAGUUCCCAGACUGACUGUCUUCUCCCCUGGUGUGCGCUGCUGGUGAAUGUUAUGUGGCAGAAUAAAUAAGUGAAGCAAUGUAUCUAUCUAUCUUAGCUGCUUUCCGAUGUGUUGAAUCUUUCUUGUAUUUGAUUGCUUUUCGAUCGAUCGUUAUAUCCUACUUGGGUUUGGUAA